ACCGUCGCAGCCAUGGCAACCCACACGAUCCUGCUCAUCCAGAAGAACCAAAACAAAAACUCACGCACUUACGAAGAGUUCCAGACCGUCGAUGAGGCUGCUGAAGAACUCAUUCGGAUGUACGAGGACCGCCUGAAGGAGCUCAACCCCAACCUCCGCCAGAUCCACUACGAUGUUAACGACCUCAACAAAUGGAUCGACAGCAUUCAUGACAUUUGCGGCCUUGUAUUCAACUCUGCUCGGUGCUCUUACGAGCCGCACGACCGCGAGUGGCUCAAAUCGAUCAUCCUGGUCAGUCUCAAAAAGGCUGCUGGCAUUCGAUGAUCAUGCCCGAUUGCGUCGAAUUCAUGAACUGCCUUGCUGUAUCCGGCUCGCCAGCCGUCAUGUCCAAGCGUGCUUCGCGAGCGGCACGACCUCGAUUCCGGCUGUUGCAUACGCCGACGUAGAUCAUCUGCGCAUCCACCCGCAUCGCUAAUACAUUGCUGUGCUUGGAACGUC